GAAAAGUUAUGGAGGUUUUUUUUGGGAAAGUCAGGAAAUUCCUCUGUCCUAGAACUAGAUAGUGUGUCUUGAGUUCUCUUUGAUUCGGAAUAUUUAUUCGUCUAAAGGGGGUUUCUCAACUCUGGGUGCCUAUCUGUAAAAUGGAUGCUACCAGUUUAUCUGUCCAAUCUAAUGGCAAAAGGCCUAUGAAGGACAGAGUGUGAGGGCAAGGAGAACAAGGUGGCACUGUCCCUCUCUCCCACCCCACCGAGCUGUGUGGCCUUGCUAAGAGGAUUGGUAUUGUACUGAGAGUGGUGAGGGGAUGGACAGAGGAGCUCUUGAGGCCCCUUCCAAUUCUCCUGCUCCUCCAAUCAAAUAAUAGGUUUGCCAAGUUCCCACACCCUGGACUCUACUGUCAAGGACCAGUCUUUGGGAACUGCGCCCCUUAUCAAUUUAGUGCCACGCAGCUCCAAGUUCAUCCUUCAUUGUCUGCUUUGAGAAAAUGGAUCUGGCCGCUUUAGACAUGUUUCCUUUGUGUGCUGACACGGUAUCAGGUUUUGUCAGAGGGAGAAGUAGUAGGACAUGGCCAGAAGGUUUUCUUCCUGCCCUAUGUGCCCACUUGGCUGACUCCUGCCAUGCUCAUGGCCCCUCCAGCACCAGGCUCCUACAGUGCGUGGUGGUCAGCAGCACCCAGCAGCCAGCAGCUUCCUCCAUCCUCUUCAAGCAGUUUGUGGCUGACUUCCUCCAGGAAGGCACUUCUCUUACGGGAACAGCUUCACUCUGGCCCCCGCAGAGCUGGAUAUCCAGCAACUCCACUGCUUUGGCACCAACAACAACUUCUCAGCCCUUGGGCUUCUCCAGCUUUCUGGCAAUACCAAGCGGCAGACCCGGGAAUGGGUUGUUCAUUCACUGCUGUACCGCCCGUGAGCGGCAGAGGGCAGCAAAACACACUCAUCGGACGGGCAUCAAGCGAGCCUGGGGAUAACCAGAGCUUGAAAAUGCAAUCAACCCAUGAAAAUGUUUUUAAAGACCAUGAUUCUGUUCAUCAAGGAGACAUUUACAGGUAUGUCAUUAAUAGAAAUUGAAAAGGGUAUUGUGGGUAACUGAAUUAUCAUAGAUACAAUACAGCAAGUAUCUAUGGUAUAUUCAUUACUGAGAUGAUUUGAACUUUUCAUAUUCAAUAUGUAACCUUGAGCAAGCUACUUAAAUUCAGGUUUUGUCUAUUCCAUCUACAAAAUGGGGACAGUAUCACCUUCCUUCAGUGAGCUGUCGUAAAGGUGUGUGAUAUGAUGACUAGAAAACCAAUAGAACACAGCACGUGAUUGAUGAGUUCUACUGGUAUAAAUGAGUUCCCUUCCCACUUUCUUAAAGUGCAGCAAAGUGGUACCCAAACCUAAGAGCUAUUAUCCCUAAAUAAUUUCAAAAUCUAAAAAAAAAAAAAACCUUAGAACCUCAGAUGAUAUAAUUAACAUAAAAGCCCAGGUUUUUGUAUAAAUGAAAAGGGAUAAAAAUUCAUACAAAACCCAUUAAUAACAUUCACAAGCACCCUAAAUAAAUUAUUUAGAUAUCUGCAAGUCAGCUGCAAGGUGUUCUUCCUCCUCAAAUAACCUCUAAAGAUGAGCUUAUAGACAGAUUAACUUAACAGUGAAACCUAACAUUCCACCAGUAAGAAUCUUGUUUCUGUUAAGCUGCUCUUUACUAAGUUGGAGGUAAGAGUUCAAAGUAGAGUUUUACUUAAGAAAACUGGGGCAAACAUUGAUUUUAGUUCUACAGCUAUAAAAUGAUGCCAUUCAAAAAGUGAACACUGGGCUGGGCACAGUGGCUCACACCUAUAAUCCCAGCACAAUUUGGGAGGCCAAGGCGGG